GUCAUGUGAAUGUUGUUGAGGCGGCUCGGCUCGGGGCUGAACUGCAGUCAUGGGCUGUUGCUGGAUGCUUCUGCUCGGAGGAUCAUAUGAGCCUCCGAUUAUUUAUGAUGAUUUACCGUCACGAAUGGAGCAAUUUCCCAGGAAUGAAGGAUUGUUUUUGGUCAACUUUGGCUGUUUUUGAUUCGCGCUUCACUUCAACAGCACUUUCAACAGCAGCGACUUGACUUUACUUCACAUGCUAACUGAAGCUAACUCAAAUCAAUGCCAGAUUUCCCAGACUCUUCAAGGGGUUCAUGAUGACAUUUUUAUUUGAUUUCAUCUCACUUUUAUAUUUUACUUCAUUUUAUCGACACACGUGAAUAUAUGAAGUUUUUAUUCCCGGAAACCAGAGAGUUUAAUAUGAAUUCCUCAGUGGAUUUAUCGCUGAAGAAAGCGCUGAAAACUCCUCCGACACGACGAACCGCUGAGGACCUGAACACCAUCUACACUCGUCUGUACCACAUGGAUGUGCUGUGUCACCUCAGAGAACAUCAGCUCAGGUCCAUGUGCAUGACGGCCAGGUACGAGCGCUAUGAGGCUAACCAUGUUCUCUUCUAUGCUGACAGCAUCUCUACGUGCUGGUACGUCCUGCUGUCGGGCUCAGUGCUGGUCAACGAGCACAUGUAUCUGGCGCGAUGCUGUUUCGGGACGCAGCGUGGAGGAAGACGAGGCUCUGAAUGCAUCACUUUAGAGCCGUCUGAGAUGAUUGUGGUGGAGAACGCCAGCGAGAGCGACGACGCGGCUCUACAGGGAAACUCGCGCCGACGCUUCCAUAAGGUGGACGCCGGAGGAGAGCGGCAGCUGAUCGAAGACGUCCCUGAUGCCUCGGCCACGCUUCCUGGUGACCUCAGUAAGAUGCACCUGACAGACCACCCCCACCAGCAGAUGCACAUGCCGCCCAGCCAAUCAGGAUGCAGCAUCGCCAGCGACUCGGGGAGCAGCAGCCUAUCAGACAUUUACCAGGCCACCGAGAGCGAGAUGGGUGACGUGGAUCUGUCUGGUCUCCCCGAAGCUCCUGUGGACUCUGAGGAAGAGGAGGAAGAUGAGGAUAUCGAGCGCUCCUCGGAGGCUCUUCUGGGCAGAGAUCUGGUGCGAGAGUGUCUAGAGAAGGAUGCGGUGGAUCGGACCGAUGACGACAUCGAGCAGCUCCUGGAGUUCAUGCAUCAGCUGCCGGCAUUCGCCAACAUGACCAUGUCCGUCAGGAGGGAGCUGUGUCGGGUCAUGACGUUCGUGGUGGUGGAACAGGAAGGCACCAUCAUUCUUCAGGACAAACAGGAGCUGGACCAGUGGUACGUGAUCCUGAAUGGUGCUGUGGAGAUCAGCUAUGGAGACAGUCGAACGGAGAUCCUGUGCAUGGGCAACAGCUUCGGAAUCUCACCGUCUCUAGACAGACAGUUCAUGAACGGGGUCGUGUGCACUAAAGGAGAUGACUGCCAGUUUGUGUGCAUCGCACAAGAGGACUACUGCCGCAUCCUCAACCAUGUGGAGAAGAACACGCACAAGGUGGAGGAGGAGGGCGAGAUCGUCAUGGUGAAGGAGCACCGAGAGCUGGACCGCAGCGGCACCAGGAAGGGACACAUCGUCAUUAAGGGCACUCCUGAGCGUCUGAUCAUGCACCUGGUGGAGGAGCCGUCAGUGGUGGACCCCACAUACAUUGAGGACUUCCUCUUGACGUACCGCACCUUCCUGUCCAGCCCCAUGGAGGUGGGCAAGAAACUUCUGGAAUGGUUUAAAGUGGACAGUCUCAGAGACACGGUGACGAGAAUCGUGUUGUUGUGGGUAAACAAUCAUUUUAACGACUUUGAAGGCGAUCCGGUAAUGACUCAGUUCCUGGAGGACUUUGAGAAGUUACUGGACUCCUCGAAAAUGAAGGGCCAUCUGCGUCUGCUGAACAUCGCGUGUGCUGCUAAAGCCAAGUGUCGUCAGAUCACUCUGCAGAAGCCGUCCAGAGAGUCUCCGCUCUUUUUCACAGUUCAGGGCGGCAGUGAGCGGGGCUUCGGCAUCUUCGUCGAAACUGUGGAGGAGGCCAGUAAAGCGGCAGAAGCAGGGCUCAAGCGUGGAGAUCAGAUCAUGGAGAUUAAUAUGCAGAACCUUGAGAACAUCUCGUACUCCAAAGCCAUGGAUAUCUUGAAGAACAACACGCACCUCUCUCUUACUGUGAAGACUAACAUCUUCGUUUUCAAAGAGCUUCAGAACCGCGUGAGGAACGAGAAGAAGAACGGUGGUCCUCACAUCCCUAAGAUUCAGGAGAGGAAGACCAACCGCUUUUCCAUCCCGGAUCUGCCCGGUGACUUGGAGUUUCCCUCGGACAGUAAGAGCCGCAAGAAGUUGAAGGCCAACACGGUUUCUGGAGGACGCAACAAGAUCCGUAAGAUGUUGGAGAAGACCAAAUUCAGCAUCCUGCCUCCGAAGCCCUUCAGUGACGCUGGCGUGUCUCAGUCGCAGGACGACAGUAUCGUGGGCACUAAACAGUGCCGGCACAGCGUGGCCAUAAUGCCCAUCCCGGGCAGCCUGUCGUCCAGCAGUCCUGACCUGCUCCAUCCUGCCGCCAGCAGUCUAGACUUCACCAACCCUUCAGUGGCUGGUUUCUACUACAUUCCAGAUCAGGUGAUCCGCGUGUUCAAGGCCGACCAGCAGAGCUGCUAUAUUAUCAUCAGUAAAGACACCACAGCCAAAGAUGUUGUCUCACACGUGGUCAGUGAAUUCGGCCUCAUCGCCGCUCCAGAGACUUAUUCGCUAUGUGAGGUUUCUGUUAGUCCUGAAGGAGUCAUCAAACAGCGCCGACUGCCAGACCAGCUCUCAAAACUAGCAGACCGCAUUCAACUCAACGGCAGGUACUACCUGAAGAACAACAUGGAGACUGAGACGCUUUGCUCCGAUGAAGAUGCUCAAGAGCUCUUAAGGGAGAGUCAGAUCAGUCUCCUGCAGCUCAGCACCGUGGAGGUGGCCGCGCAGCUCUCCAUGAGAGACUUUGGCCUGUUCCGCAACAUCGAGUCCACCGAGUAUGUGGACGACCUGUUUAAGCUGGACCCGGGCGGUGGCAGCAGCAGUCAUCUGAAGCAGUUCGAGGAUGUCAUCAACCAGGAGACCUUCUGGGUGGCCACUGAGAUCCUGCGCGAGCCUAAUGCGCUCAAACGCAUGAAGACCAUCAAGCACUUUAUCAAGAUCGCCCUGCACUGCCGCGAGUGCAAGAACUUCAACUCCAUGUUUGCCAUCAUUAGUGGUCUUAAUCUGGCUCCAGUAGCACGAUUGAGGAGCACGUGGGAGAAACUACCCAGUAAGUAUGAGAAACUGUUCCGCGACCUUCAGGACAUCUUCGACCCGUCGCGCAACAUGGCCAAAUACCGCAACAUACUGAGCAGCCAGAGCGUACAGCCUCCCAUCAUCCCACUGUUUCCUGUAGUCAAGAAAGAUCUCACCUUCCUGCAUGAAGGUAACGAUUCGAGUGUUGACGGCUUGGUGAAUUUCGAAAAGUUACGAAUGAUCUCCAAGGAGAUCCGAAAUGUAGUGCGCAUGACGUCAGCCAACAUGGACCCAGCGCUCAUGUUUAGACAGAGGAAGAAGAGGUGGAAGAGUUUAGGGUCUCUAAGUCAGGGCAGCACCAACUCAAACCUGCUGGACGUUCAGGGCAAUCACAAGAAGCGCGUGCGGCGCAGCUCUUUGCUCAACGCCAAGAAGCUGUACGAGGACGCCCAGAUGGCACGUAAGGUGAAGCAGUAUCUGGCACACCUGGAGGUGGAGACGGACGAGGAGAAGUUCCAGAUCAUGUCGCUGCAGUGUGAAGCGGCCUACAGCACAUUGUCUAAGAACCUGAGCGAGCGGCGCUCCACUAAAUCGGACAUGUCCCCGGUGUCCAUGCGCUCCGGUGUGUCUUCAGCCAAGUCUCAGAACCGCGUCUCUCAGGUGCUGCAGGUUCCUCCCGUCAGCCUGUACCCUCUGCGCAAGAAGAGCAUCGCCAAAGACCUGUCCGCUUCCUUCAGUCCUAACUCACCUCAGACGCAGAAGAAAGCAACUGGCACGGCUGAAGACAUGAGCGCCAAGAGACCCGAAGACACGUCCACCGUCUCCUCCCUGCACUCCAGUCCUACCGUCUCCCCACAGGGAUCUCCUCGCAAAGUGGGCGGAGCUCCCAGACAGAACUGCGGUCAGCUGAACCUGUCGGGUUCGUCCUCGUCUCUGGCCAGCGAGGUCGGCGGAAGGACGGCAGGCGGACGCACGUACGGCAUAGGUUACGCCCUCAUGCCCGCCGGCAGGUCUGACCUCUCAGACUCCAGCGAGAUCUCGUCCCGCUCCAGCAUCGUCAGUAACGGCUCUGUGGACUCCAUGCCCACAGUGCCCACCAUCAGCGUCCCGACAGAGACGCCUGCAAACGCUCCAGCCGACUACAGUCAGCCCGGCACGAGUUCAUCUUCAGCUCGACACCCUGCUGCAAGGGACUCCGGCUUUACAUUCUCCAGCAGCGCGGAGGAGCUGACGGUGCCAGAGCAAACCUCCGUCUCGGAGAUGGCCGACAGCGGCCGCGGGAGCUGGACCUCCUGCUCGAGUAACUCCCACGACAACCUCCAGACUCUCCCAGGCCAGCGAGCUCCGGACCUGCUCAACCAUCGCCACACGCCCAUGGGCGGCCCGAUCGCCGAGGUAGAGAUCGGCCCGGGUUUGCCGGAGGACAGUUGCUCCAGAGACGGAUCUGACCUAAGUCAGUCCAGACAGAGCUGGACGUCCUCCAGUUCGCUGUCGGACACAUACGAGGGCAGCUACGGCACCAUCAAACGCAAGACGCAAGAUCAACAAAGCACGGACGCUUCGUACAAGACGAUCACGUCCAGCACGGAGAAGGGACUCAUAGUGUACUGUGUAACGUCACCCUGCAAAGACGAUAGGUUCAAAGCACCGCCCCCGACUCCGCCGGGGUACCAGGGCCUGACGCUGGGCGACGCGCAGGAUGGAGGAGCCUUACGGCCGGCCCACAUAAAGCCGCCCGAGUAUAGCGUGGCCUUGCAGAGGUGCAAGCUGCGACACAGCCUGGCUGAGCCGAACCUGUCCAGACCGCCCAGUGUUGCUCUUCAUUCUCUUCCUGAUAGUGAGGAGGAUGAGCAGGUUUCUGCUGUGUGACCGGACGUCAGCUCUUCACAGACACUCCUGCUUUAAACUCCAGGUUUGUGCCAGAGAAGGUACUCUCUUCAGGUUUGCAGCAUCUUUGAGGUCAUUUAAUGACAAAACAAGCCUAUUCUUGAUCAUCGACCAACUCGACAUUUUCAGUGACCUCUCAAAGAUCUCUCAGCAAUGAAGCCGUCACCGUCUCUCCAAAUGCUUCCUUAAGCUGACGUCUUAGUUUUCACCCACCUGUCAUGCACUCUUCACCAUCUGGAGAAAGCAGACUUGAUUGAGCAUCUCACCGUGUGCAUGCAGCAUCCAACACAGAUCAAACAUGCUUAAGAGUCAAACCUUUAUGGUACUUUAUCGACGCACACUCUUCUGGUUUGCUUGUGAAGUCGAACAAGCUUUGCGAGAUCAGGACGGUUCGGCGGCGCCGCAUGAUUUCAGCAUCUGUUUACACACGUUCUCGGUUUACAGUGUUUCUUGCGCAUCGUGCUGCGUCUGCCUGUUUUUUUACGCAAUAAGGAUGGCGCGGACGCGUCGUCCGAUUUGUACAGUCUCAGCUAUUGGAUUUGCUACUCCUGUCGUUGUACAUAGCGAGCGAGAUCGAUACUGCUUGUCAAGGGAAAAUAUAUUUAUAUGCUAGAUGUGCAUUUUCAUUCCUUGUUAGUUCACGCUCUUUGGACGGGACGUUUUGUAUAGAAUGCAAAUGGUUUAAUAGUCGUUGCUCUCUGUAAGAAAAUAAAUACAUUUGUACAUGAACUAAACCUUAGAUGUAUAGGGCUGAGAUGAAACAAAUAAAUGUAUUAUAUUAAGGGACAUAACUGGAGUAUUACAUUUUUAUCAUUUACGUGUCUGGACCCAGAUGCUUUUCUUCUUGUUAUUUUUAGUACGUGUUGUUUUGCUAUGAACAGCAUUGAUUGUAUUAAUGAUAUAAGCAUAAAGGGUUUUUUUUACCGUAUGUUUUGUUGUAAAUGAAUGUUACGGAUCAUGUACAGCUGAGAAGAGAGUGCGCUAUAUGAACUGUAUUUUCACUAUUUUGUUGAAAUAAAUCUGGGGUUGUGGCUGCUCCUGUGA